AAAGAGGGAGGGAGGGAGGGAGGAGUGCCCGAAAAGGAAAGGAGGAGGAGGGGCUUAAAAGGCUCUUCCAUCUUUUCCUUCUUUCUCUCUAAAUCUUUCUUCUGUUUGUAGACGUUCAGAUGAGAAACAUGGGGAAACGAGCAGAGAGUAGUGAUAAUGUGGUGGUGGUGGUGGGAUCUAGAUUCCCCUUGAGCUUUUGGGAGGUAACCAUGGCUUCCAUGGUUGUCCUUGGAUUCUUGCUUGGUCUCCUCUGCGUUUACCUGACCAUGCCUGCCUCUGAUUACAGCUUCCUCAAGCUACCUCGAACCCUCCAAGACCUUCAAAUCCUCAGAGAUCAUCUGGAGAGCUACACAAGUGACUACACUGUACAGGUCCUGGUGGGGUAUUGUAUUGUCUACAUUUUCAUGCAGACUUUCAUGAUUCCAGGGACUGUUUUUAUGUCAUUGCUAGCUGGAGCCCUUUUUGGAGUCUUAAAAGGUGUGGCUCUCGUUGUGUUCACUGCCACUGCUGGUGCUUCUUCUUGCUAUUUCCUUUCGAAGCUGAUAGGCCGGCCCCUUGUUUUCUCCCUUUGGCCUGACAAGUUGACUUUCUUCCAGGAUCAGGUGGCUAGAAGAAGAGAGCGGCUGUUGAACUACAUGCUUUUCCUACGACUGACUCCGACAUUACCAAAUACUUUCAUUAAUGUUGCUUCACCAAUUGUUAACGUGCCUUAUCAUAUCUUCUUCCUCGGGACCUUAAUUGGACUCAUCCCUGCUGCUUAUGUGACUGUCAAGGCAGGAAUAGCUCUGGGAGAGUUGCAGUCUCUUGGGGAUCUUUAUGACUUCAAUUCUAUUGCAACUCUUUUCCUGAUUGGUAUCGUCUCCAUUACCCCCACUUUGAUGAGCAAGAACAAAUCAUAACGUUCCGGUGGCUGGACUCUCUUGCUGUUCUUGAGCCUCCAAUCUCCAGGCAACUGUUUAGCUGGAACAUCAUUAAUGUACAGAUUAGCAAAAAAUAAUGAGAUUUUGUUGCUGAUGCUGCAGAUAGAAGUCGUUAACCGAGGAGGCAUUGGAUGAUAUGCAUGUGCAGUUUGUCAUUUGUUGGUUGAAGUGGGGGGGUUAUGGUGGGUAGUUUAUGAUCUGUUGAAUGUUAAUUUAGACGUUGAAUUGUCUUGUAGUUUUGGCUGUCUGUACAUCAUUGUUUAGAGGAUUUAAGGUGAAAAGAAUAUAUCAUGUAGUGGUUUCACAAUGGUUGAUGUUGCUGGUUUUAUAUAUUGGCCCACACACAUCCAUUCCAUUGUGGUAAA